AUGAGUGAAAUUUUCAACCUUUCAUUUGGUCAGUUUGCAAACAAUACAACGACUCAUCUUUACAAUUGUCAAGAGUCAGAGAUUCCUUACACGAAAUCCAGUGCAUCUCCAUAUCAUGAUCUCAACACAUUUCUCUACAAAAGUCUGAGUUUGAGCUCUUUUACUGGUGGUGGUGGUGGUGGUGAUAAUUAUAAUGGAAGUGCUGGCGAUGCUGGCGGUGCUGGCGGUGGAUCAUCCAGUUAUUUUCCAAGGGCAUUAGUCUUUGAUCUAAGAGGUGGAUUGGGAGCAUUGGGCAAGUAUGAGUAUUCGGAACAAGUACCUUCAUCUUUAGAUAUGCCCAUUUUCAACAAGGAGUCAUCACUCAUACCAUCGCAGCUACCUUCUGCAUCUUCUGCAUCUUCUGCAUCUUCCUCUUCUUCUUUUCCAUCAUCAUUAUCCUCACCUGCACCCCGAGUUGAGAAGAAUGAGUAUCAGCGAAAUUUGGACCUGGGAAAACCAACUUCUGGAUUGCUCAACACAAGAAACACGCGAUACUGGUCAGACUAUAACAAGCUCAUCUAUAAUCCAAAAUCUAUCAUUACUUUACCCAAUUAUCAACACGUACAUAAUCAACCAGGAUCACAUUACAAUUUCAAUAACCAAAAGUUUGCUACAUAUGAUGUUGGUCACGCUGAGUUCAACAACGCUUUAUUGGAAGAUGAGAUUAUGGAAAGUUUCCGUUCUUGGCUUGAAAGAUGUGAUUAUUUGCAAGGUAUUCAAUUGGGCACAUCAAUGAGUGAUGCAUGGGGCGGAUUCACAACGGCAAUGGUUGAAAGUAUUCAGGAUGAAUAUUUCAACAACAAGAUGAAUAUAUGGACCUUUGCUUUGCUUUCUCAAAAUUCAAAUAAGAAGAUUUCCACCAUACAAAAAAUUUCGGAGAUCAAGUCAUUUGUUGAAUUAAGUAAACUGCUGAAUUUGUUUUUCCCAAUAAAACCAGAUUAUGCUUCAACAAUGUUGCAAAAUGUGGAAAUGGAGUCAGUAUGGCACACUUCUAGUAUACAAGCAAUGUUUAUUAAUUCGAUUUGGGGUAUCAACAAUCAAUUUGUUAACCAGGUAAAUAUGCUGCGAUUGCAGGAUAGUCUCUUGCGUGGUGAUGAAACUAGGAAAAUUGUCAAUGAAAUCAAGAUUGUCAGUGAAGCGGAUAAUGCAAGCAAUACUAGUCAAAUGAUGGAUGUUAAUUUGUCAAAUAUACAAGACUGGACGGCUAAGCUGUUGAAUCUCAAGAGUAUGCAACAAAAGGAUGAAAAAAUAGAUUUGGGACUAACUGGCGAUUGUGAGCGAUAUUUUUCUCGCAAUAUAAUAACUAAACAAGAAGUUGAUAUCAAACAGGAAGAUGUGGACAUUACAAACAUGUAUCAAAACUUGUAUAUAGAAAACAUUUUAACAGGUGGUGAUACUUUCCCCAUAGAGAUUCUCAAAAAUGGUGCAAACACAAAGUUUCAUGUGGAGUUUAAUGUACACCAAGGGUUGCGCUCAUUUCUUAAACCAUAUAGGGUAAUUAUUGAGAAUAUUCGCAACAGCAGCAGCAGCAAUAAUGGUGGUGACAAAAUUACACAGAUUGUUGAAGAUAAAGAUGAGCUCUUAGAGGAUUUAACAAAUACCCUUACUGCAUAUUCGUCCGGUUAUGAAUCAGACGAUGAUGACUUUUACGAUUAA